ACACAAGUAGCUGCUGGGAGCACCGCAGUCGUUGCGUCACACAGUACACGUAACGGGACGGCCUGAGUCUGACCGGAGAAGACACGCGCACAGAGAUCGACACUCGUCACGGACCGGGAGAGCGGGGACAGGAGAGCAGAGACAGCAGGACCGGAUUAUUCACACCGGACUCCACAGACCCCCUGCAGAGAGAAGGUAAACCAAUAUGGGUGGUUUUGAGACGCGUGAACCGGAGAGAAACUGCCUCUGGAGAAGUUUGCUGAUGCGUCAUGAUAAAAUAUGCCGGUGACUUGCAUUAGUAAGCAGGAAAGCACUGAGAGACAGCUGUAAUUACAUUUAGUGGAGUAGAAACUGCACUAUUUAAAGCGACAAUCUCUUUCUCUGCUACAGAGAAUUAUAACGAAAGGCAACCAUACAAUAUAGUAAGAUAUAAAGCCUUAGAAGUUAAGAUAGUGAGGUGGGGUGUACAGGAGGGUGUGGCUCAUACAUAUAUAUGUAUAUAGAGAGGCCUAGUCCCCCCAGACCUUGAUUCUGACAUUAGGUGAAACAGUGCAUGCUAUUUUGGGAAAGCUUUCACUCAGGUCUUAAAUAAACAGUACAGCAUUUGGCUGGAGUUUUCUGUCUUUGUUUCUUUGGAUUAUCUGAAUGAAUAAAGCUAACAUGAUUGAUUUUAGUUUUGUUUGUUAUGUAAAAUGAUAAAGUUGUGUAGUGCUGGAAUAGUCAAUUCACAAAGGUUGAUUGUUUUUCUGAGUGGACUUCAGUGGGCUUUUGGUCUAAAUGGUUGCAUUAUGAGUUAGUGGGGGCAGCAUGGAAAAUGUGACAAGACAGUUUUUCCUGCAAAUUGGCUUAACACAAUCUGUCUGGCUGCCUAACCUAAUUUGAAUGUUAAAUCUAAUAGCAUGAUUUCUCUGUGGUCUCUCUUGUACUGCUUUGCAGUAUUACUGUAGCUGAUGAGCUGUCAUACUGUAAGCUGAACAGGCUUCUGCUCUAGAUUUACUCAGGCAAAUGAGGAAUCAUCAUUUUUGUACUGUCUCUUUGUAACUCUAUGACUCCUGACAAGUCAGGCAGCUUUAACAGUGCUGUUUUCCAACCCUUCAUCAGCAUUUUUUUCUUCUCUCCAGGCCUGGUACUAUUGAUUCCUGCACAGUGUUGACACAGAAGACCAAAUAUAGAAAUGGUAAGUGGACCCUUUUCAUCCUGCAUUAUGUAAGUGCUGUGAGAUGUGGAUUGUAUCAUACUGCUUGGUGUCUUUGUGAAGAGGAGGGUUCUGUGUACCACACUGCACCAUGAGGUGUGGACAGAGUGAGGUCAUUUUUCGGCCCUGUCACCAUGUGAGCCCUCGGCAUCAUAAAGGCAGGCGUGUAGGGUGUCAUCGCUACCUGUGGUGCCUGCACAUCUGAAAUACGCACCUGACAGCAUUUGUCUUGAAACAAUGGCUUGUGGCACUCGUCCAACUUUACAGUCCUGCUCUUAAGUUGGCGUUUCAUUGUCUUACCCGAGGUAGAAAACAAACUUACUGUCCUGUGGUACUGAGAACUGAAAAAACAUACAACACCAUGGAAGAAAGAAAUCCGGCUAAUACCAUCAUUUGGACAUGAGAAACACAGUUACUUUCAUUGUUGGCAUGUUGCUAGGGGCUUGUAUUUGUGGAACUGUUGCUAUGUGGGUGAAGCUGUCCAGCUGUUGUGAAGAGAGACGGUCCCUGUGAGAAGCAGAAUGAUCUGAGCAUGUGCAGUGGCCCCCAGUAGGGUGGAGAGAGCACUUGGCUGACUGCCUGCAUGCAGUAGUAAUCUUACAGGAGCAGCAGCUGCAGCAGUGCAGGCCAAGCUUUCACAAUUUCACAUAAAACACAGGUGCCUCUUUAAGUAGUUAGGUUCAUUUUUAUAAAGAUGUCCAAAUUCAGUGCCUUUUACGGUCUUUAUAUGCCCACUUGAGUUUGAGGGUCUUCUCUGCAGUAUGAGUAUCCCCAGGAGAGAGUGCUGCUUGGUGUGCAACCCGACCUCCCGCUGCUCAUACACACCCACUGUCCCGCCCCUGCAUGCAUGCACUGAAUGUGCACACACACACAGAGCGGGAUUUUGUGUGAGCUGCUGGGCAGUAAGACAGGUGCAGACAGUCAGCUGCUGUAUAAUCCCAGACUUGGCUACCCCUCCUCUCCCUGUGUUCCCGUCAAUGCCACUUUUACACAGUCUGCUGCUCACAUCCUGAAAAGGAGCGCAGGUCAAGUCGGUCCACCGGUAGAAAACCCAAAUGUCAUGUGAGUUCAGACCUCCUGACUCCAUUUUUAAAAGCCUUACAUCUAAACUCUUUAUCAACUUUAUAAGCUGAUUGUGUUUGGAGGUUUGGCACAGGUUUUGGUCUGAAUGCUAAAGCAGAAAACACCGAACACAGUCAGGUGUUCAAAAGAGAAAAACUAGCUGUUCUAACAACUCCAUGACUCUGACUCAAGAAAGAGUAAUGUGAUGUGCCUCAUGCCAAUGUCAGUCUCAUACUGACUGUUACAUAAUGUCAUACUUUUGUUGAAAUGAUUCAGUAUCACCAAGGGCUGGUGGUCUUAUAUCUAUUGAACCCUUGCCUGUACCCUUGAAUGCUAAAUAUUUUAAGACAGUCCACCUAACAAAUGUUCAAACACUGCUUUCUUGAGAUUCAUGCUGCAACCAGUAGCACAAGGAGACAAUAGUAACAUUGCACCAAAAAUUAUCCCCUUUUUUAAAUUGACCAUUUAAUUGGAAUUUUUCACGACUAUUUAUGUUGCUAGGAGUUUGAGACUUACCUGAGAAGUGGCUAUUUGCAUGCAGAUGGCCACUGUUAACACUUCCAUGACAAACACUCACAGUAAGGACUCAUUUCUCCCCCCAAAAAAUUCCCAGAUGUUAUUGGAUGUUAUAUUUUAAAUACACCUGAGCUUUGGUGGUAUCUACAGAGACCCGACCAGUGAGAAAAUGUAUUUUUAAGCUUCAAACAUACUGUAUUUUAUUCUUGAAUAGCCACCAUUACAGAAGUUUCCCCUCUGACACUCAGUUUCGCUAUGUUUCUGUCAGGUGUUCAGAGGCACAAUAGCAGAUGCUCCGGACUUUGAUCCUGCAGCUGAUGCCGAGGCCCUUUACAAUGCUAUGAAAGGAAUUGGUGGGUAUCUCAGGGUCAUGCUUCAUUGACUGAAUGAUCACAAUUUAACACAGCAGUUUUAACAUUGAUGCAGCAAGUGAUCAGACUGAGAUGAGAGUAGUUAAAAAUGUUGUUCUUGUGUUCCUCAGGCAGUGAUAAAGAGGCCAUAUUGGAUCUGGUCACCGCAAGGAGCAAUGCACAGAGACAGGAAGUCAUCGCAGCAUACAAAUGCAGCUUUGGAAAGGUGCGUAUUUUGGAUUGCUAAAACAUGUUGAAUAGUAGCUAUAGCAGCAUUUUGAUUUUGCUUCUCCAUCAGGACCUGAUUGAGGAUCUGAAGUAUGAGCUGACAGGCAAAUUUGAGCGUCUCAUCGUCAGCCUGAUGAGGACACCGGCCUACCAUGAUGCCAAAGAAAUCCAUGAUGCUGUCAAAGUAAGACUGUAACCUCACAGUAAGAUGUCCAAUCACACUUAAGCCAUAUCCAAUUGUUGUUUCUCAUUUAAUAUUACACUCUAUUUUAAGGGAGCUGGAACAAACGAGAGAUGCCUUAUUGAGGUCAUGGCAUCCAGAACCAACAAACAGACUCAUGAUAUGGUUGCAGCUUACAAGGACGGUAAGGCUAGAGAAGAUUUCAGAGUAACAAAUUAUUUCCUCAGAAUUUCUCAACAUUUCCUGGUGUGUCUCUUCAGCUUAUGGCAGAGACAUUGAAGAGGAUGUGAUAGCCGACACGUCAGGUCAUUUUAAGAAGAUGCUGAUUGUUUUACUUCAGGUAAUUUUAGCCAAGAGAAGAUAAUCACCCCUGUUCUUUAUUGAGAUUUUUUUAUCUGGUAAUUGAUGAGUGUGUCAUUGUUGUUUGAUGCUUUCAGGGGACCAGAGAUGAGUCAGGGGUCGUAGAUGCAGACCUAGUGGAGCAGGAUGCACAAGUAAGAAACAACCUCCAACAGAUUAGGCUUUUUUUCCCAAGACAGUUUGAUUCUUUCUAUGGUCAUGCUAGUGUAGUAGAAUCUUUUCAUACAUUUAAGUUAAGAAAUAUAGAGUAAUUAUCUUUAGUAAGGAGUUACAAAUAAUCUCGGUUGACCUGCUCAUGCAGCCUCAUGACCCUGAGGCUGUCUUGGACCAAAGCUAUCUGUCUGUUGGAACAUAUAAUCUCUGUGAGAGUUAAGACUAGUCUAAACAAACUGUUGAGAGUCAGAACAGUACAACAUGUUAUUGGUAGCCUUCAUCCUGUCUCCUGUGCAUUGUUUUACUAAGUUUACGCUGGAUUUUCCUCAACACUAGCAGCUUCAUUACAGCACUUUCAUUGUGUGCUGUGGUGUUGGGAGUCCCAUGUCAUAUCUCACAAUCAUAAUACUGUCUCCUCAUUAUGUUAUUCAGUUUUUAACAUUACAUUACCUCUGCGUAGGACCUGUAUGCAGCAGGGGAGGAGCAGUGGGGGACGGACGAGGCCAAAUUCAUCAUGAUCCUGGGAAACCGCAGUGUGACCCACCUUCGCAUGGGUGAGAACCACACUCAGAGAAAUUAACACACCAGUGAGGCAUCCGCACAUUCCCACAGUGACCUUACAUCUCUCAAGAGUUCAUCUAAUGCGAAGAAUGAUGUAAGAGUGUAAAGGGUGUGAGUUAUCACUAGGUUGUAUUCACAAACACCUCUUUACUACUUCAAACAGCUUAAGGCCUGUAGAACAGCAAUAUGACUUUGUGUAUCACCAAGAUGGGGUCAGUACUGAACAAAAAAGCUGGAUGACCAAAUUACUUUAGGUAAUACAGAAGAGAAAAACUGCUCAGCACAGUUUCAGGAACAUUAAAGGCACAAUAUAAUAAGUUAGCAACAAUAAUUACAAAACAAGUAAAACCAAAAACAGCAGCAAACAUUUGCAAACAAGCUUGAAACAUAGAUUCCAGCUCAUUCUGGGGGGGAAUAUUAAGUAUGUAUAGCAGGCAUUUUUUUGUCAUAAACUCUUAAGAAUGGAGCCUGAUAACAGCCAGAGAAACACCAACUUUGUCUGAAUCUUUCAUGGAAGAAAAUUACUUUAAUAUAUUCAUAACUGAUCUUAGAUUUUGAGCAAAGCACAAACAUACAUCGUAAGUAACCUCAAUGAGUGAGAGGUACUUCCAUUAAUUGACUGCUGUCAUCUGUUUGUGUAGUUUUCGAUGCAUAUGAGAAGAUUGCAGAGUGCUCCAUAGAGGACAGCAUAAAGCAUGAGUUAUCUGGAGACUUUGAGAGGCUCAUGCUGGCUGUUGGUAAGAAACUCACGAAGUGGAGUUUAUUUUUGGACACAUAGUCAUGCUGUGAAUUUAACUCAACCUUCUCCCCCGGGGUUUUCCUCACAGUCCAGUGCAUUAGGAGUGUUCCCAUGUUCUUUGCCAAGCGCCUAUACAAAUCAAUGAAGGUAAACACACAGCACCUUGAGAGAAAAAAAACAGUCAUUAUUUGCCUUAGCUCCCUGACCUUCACCAUGAGGCUCUCUGUCACAUCAGGGUCUGGGUACAGCUGACAACACUCUCAUCAGGAUCAUGAUCGGUCGCUCUGAAAUCGACAUGUUGGACAUCCGAGAGUGCUUCCGUUUGGGUUAUGAGAAGUCACUCUAUAACAUGAUUAAGGUUGGUUACAUUCAAAUAAGAUUUUAUCAUGUUUUGGGGAAUAGUUCAAACCUUUAUACUUAUUCUCUUUAUUUUCAAAACUUGCAGGAUGACACAUCAGGGGAUUAUAAAAGGACUCUGCUGAAUCUGUGUGGAGGAGAUGAUGAGUAAGUUACUGAGAGGCUGAACGCAACAGCAGCAACCAGAGGAGGGCGACAAAGUCCAGACUUUCAGGAGCCAAUGUUUAAUGUUAAUUGACCUAACAUGAGACACAUGUUAUCAUGCAAUGCUGAGAACAUGUAUGAUACCAGAACUACUACAAUCCUAUUGAUAUCUAGAGAUUGUCUGAUGGUAGACCAGGAGUUUUUACAUGAUCCUAGAUUUAUAAUCCAAGGAACGUACCCACUCUAUAUUGCGUAUGGCUACGCUAAGUAUGCUGUGUUCUUUCAAACUGAUCAUUUCAGCUUAGCUGGAGAGUUCUUCCCUGAAGCUGCUCAGAUAGCCUACAAGAUGUGGGAAUUAAGUUCCAUGACCAAAGUCCAGGUUUGGGCCCCAUCUGCUCUCAUUUAGAAGUGAUAUUGCAUGAUUGGUCUGGCAGUGGCAUGCAUCCUCUUUACCUGCUGACUCUGCAAUGACUGGCUUCUUGCAGUGCUUUGAAAAAGUACUUGCGACACUGCUUUGUCCGCACAGCGAAGGCUUUGUGUAACUGGAUAGGAUCAGAAUGCUAUUCAUUAAAAUACAAAUCGUUUUUGUUAAAGUUUGCUCUAUAAACCGCUGUUUCCCACCCUUUGCUGCAGGAGUGAAUGUCAAAAACAUCUCAGCAUUUUGGUCAACAAAGGCUUGUUUCACUAACACUCUCUAAAACUGAAUUGUUUCACAGCCAGCCCACCUCUGUAUUGUUGGUGGUGUCAUGGCCUCUAACCUUGAAAGGGCACACUCCCCUUCAAAUGUCAAGCGAUUGAUAUCAAAUAUCUCUGUAGACUUUUGACAUGAAUGGGACAAUCUGCUGUUUCCUCUUUUUGCAUAUAUUAUAGAGCAUGUUCAAUUUUUACCUAUAAUCUAUUUAAUUAAACAUAGAUUUAAUCAAGCAGAAGUGACUUUGCUUCGCCAUAUUAUGUGUUUGUGUGUUUUAAAUACUAAAUCUCACAUUUCCAGUGGUGUCUUUUCGCUUCUCUAGCUAAGACCAACAAUCCGCCCUGCGUCCAGUUUCGACCCUGCUGCUGAUGCACAAGCACUAAGAAAAGCUAUGAAGGGAUUUGGUAUGUGGCCCUUAAAAGCUUACAGUCAUUUAUGUUGCUUAAAUAAAUGGUUAUUUUGCAAAUAUUUUCUCCUCUUAAUACCUACAGGGACAGAUGAAGAUGCAAUCAUCGACAUUAUUGCGCAGAGAAGCAAUGCUCAGAGGCAAGAGAUCAGACAGACCUUCAAAUCCCUCCUUGGGAGGGUGAGUGGAGUGAAUCAUUGAAUUUAAAGCCAUAAUACUUUUCUUUGGAGCACAGGGACAUUUAUCACUUAUCUUCUAUUUGCUUCUAACUGCUGUCUUUAGCAGGUUUAUAACAGCUCUGUGUGUUUAAUCUGCCCUCAGGAUCUGAUGAAAGACCUGAAGUCUGAACUUUCAAAAAAUCUGGAGAGGCUGAUCAUUGGCCUCAUGCUGACUCCUGCAGAGUUUGAUGCCAAAAUGAUGCGGAAGGCAAUGGAGGUAAAAUCACUUCUUAAACCAUCACCUCUACAAGUGUCAGCUCGCUGGGUUCAUUUCUCACAAGUUGAAAAUACAGAGAGAAGAAAGAUUAUAGAUUAAAUCUGCUUUGUUUAUUUUAUUCUAAAUCUACUUUUGUUUACACCCCAGUUACUACUGCAGGAUACGUUACCAUACAAUACACCACAAUGGGGUAGGAUAUGAUACGAUACAAAAACAAUAUGGAAAGAUACAUUAUGAUGAUUAUCAAUGGAUAAAAUACAAUAGGAUGACAAUACAAUGCAAUAACAAUUCGAUAAAAGAGGAUGUGAUACCAUACAGUACAAUACAGAAGACAAUACGGCACAGUGCGAUUGAUUAAAUUAUAUGAUUUGUUGCUAUACAGUACAAUUCAUUAUGAUACAAUGCAACACAAUACAAAAGGACACUACCAUAGACUGUAUAAAGAAUGGAUGGCGUCUGCCUCCUCGCUGGGUGAAGCCACCCCGAGAACAGCACCCUCUGUUGACGGGCUGCAAAGGUUGUGAAUCUUGCCUCCUCCAGCAAUCCCUAUGGAGCUGUGAACAAACUUUAGAAAUUUAUUACACAGAAUAUACAUUAUUUUUUCCCCUCCUGCUUACGAUGUUGACAUGUAGUUUCUGUAAGACUGGUUUGUGCUCAAGUCCUCUUUUCUUCUGUACAGCUCCAUUUUUAAAAGUUAUUAGGGGGUUCAUGUUUUCUAUGAUUGACACUUGAUACAGCCUAUGGGCGUACAAAGAUUGCGUAGCUCACCUGGGGGAUACGCUAUUUGAGCCGAGAGUCAUCACAAUGCUACUGCACAAUGUUGUGUUUCAGGAAGUGGAGAAAAAAGGCGGAUAUACAUAGAGCUUUUUGGCUUGAAAUCUGUAUACUGACGGAAGGUGGAACCAAGUUGUCCAUAGUCUAUACAGUCUAUGACCACAGCCCUGUGUGGUUGAUUGAAUGAUAUGAUUUGUUGCUACACAAUACAAUCCAUUAAUAUGCAAUGCAACACAAUACAAAAGGACACAAUACAAUGUGAUAUGAUACAAAAUAAUAUGGUAUGAUACGAUAUGAUUCAGUGGUAUAUGACAUUGUCUAGGUGCAAUAGAGUGUGGUACAAUACAACAUGAUACAGUGUUACGGUAUUUUAUGGGGCAAAUCUUUAGAUCUACCAGUCGAGCUACAUUUCAACCCUCACCUGGGGCCACCAGUUAUGGGUAGUGACAGAAAGAAUGGAGAUAAUAAGACUGUGGAUACAAGCAGCUGAAAUGAUUUUAGUGGCCAAACUCAGAGAUAGGGUUAGGAGUUUGGUCAACCUGAGGGACUUUGGAGUACAGCCAUUGUGCCUUAGCAUUCAAAUUGAAUCAAGUUAAGGUUGUUUGGGCAUAUGAUAAGCAUGCCUCUUGGACGCCUCCCUGUGAAGGUGUUCCUGGUGCUUUCACAGGGAGACAUGGCCACAGUUUGCUUAAGAAAUAAAAUAUCCCAUCUGGGAAUGCCUUGGGAUCCCACAGUAUAAAAUUUAUGCUGAGUCAGCUGGGUGUCUGAGUCAGCUGGGUGAGAGUGCUGGCCCUGCGACUCGAUGUUAGAUAAGUGGAAGGGAAUGUUUGGAUUGAUUGAUGAAUGGACAAAACAAUACACAACUGCAUGAUACUGUAUAGUCAUGGGCCAAAUGAUAUAACACAAUUUAAUUAGUUAUGACACAAUCAGACACAUUAUGAUACUAUAUGAUACCAUUGGGGAUGAUAUGAUUUGAUGUAGUCCAGUAUGAUAACCCUAACCCUAAGAUAUUCUUUACUCUCCUGUCUGUCAUAGUCAGAGGGACGCUUGUAAAUAAAUUAGAGGCACUAGAACUUAAUCGAUAACUCCUGUUUUAUGUUUCUGUUGCUUCAUGCCGUGAAUGGUCACAAACACUUUUGGGUUAGGUUUGGGUUUCCAGAGUUCUCGUAUGAGUCGAGACUGUGAGUCAUUCUGUUUGGUGAGGCAGGCAUGCUUUUCAAUGCUGUGUGUAUUAAACUCAUCAUUUUCUCAGGGUGCUGGGACAGACGAACACUCACUGAUCGAAAUUCUCGUCACCAGGAGCAAUGAGGAAAUACAGGCUAUGAAUGUAGCUUAUCAGGAUGGUGAGUUGAUACAAUGUGAGAAGCCUCCAACAACACUUUUUUUUUAACUGUAAAGCUCUGACAUACAACUUUGAAUUUACCUACACUUUACAGCCUACAAGAAGUCUUUGGAGGAAGCCAUUCAGUCAGACACCUCAGGCCACUUCUGCCGCAUUCUUGUUUCUCUGGUGCAGGUAAAGUUGAUCACCAUGAGAACUUACUCUAUGUUUGAUUUACACACCCACUCACUGCAGUCUGUAUGCUGACAGAGUCAAAGAUUAAAAAAGGGUCCUCUUAGUCACACACUGUUUCCUCCACAAUGUCUCACUUUAACUUUCAAAGAGAAACACAGUUGCCUAACUUCUGAAAGUUUAUAUUUAUGAAAACCUUUCUUUUCCCAGGGUGCAAGGGAGGAGGGCCCUGCUGAUCUUGAAAGAGCCAAUGCAGAUGCUCAGGUGAUUAAACUUUCUAAUCAAUGAUUAGAUAUUGUCCCAUGUUAGAAUAACAGAGUAAAGUCAAAUAGUUUGCUUCUGUUGUUUCUUGUGAAUUGAUCAGGAACUCGGAGAUGCAUGCAAUGCUGAGUCUGAUGACAUGGAGAUGAAGUUCAUGAGUAUUUUGUGUACCAGAAGCUUCCCACAUCUUAGGAAAGGUAAAACUUGAGACAGCAACUCUACAGUGGUAAACUAAUUUUAGAUGUUUGUCAAAAAGAAAAUGGAGCUCCUGAAUCAUGCAUCACUCUUCAUUCAACAGUGUUUCAGGAGUUUGUCAAAUGCACCAAUAAGGACAUUGAACAGAUCAUCAAGAAGGAAAUGUCAGGAGAUGUCAAAAAUGCUUUUUAUGCAAUCGGUGAGAACAGGAAUAUUUUUAUAUUUCAUUUGUGUGAGUCACACCGCUAAAAAUGUGUUUUCUCUGGUUACACUUCAGUUCUUUCUUGCUCUCUUUUUGUUUCACAGUUCGCAGUGUGAAGAACCAGCCAUCUUAUUUUGCAGACCGUUUGUACAAAGCAAUGAAGGUAUCCAAUCACAGCGUUUUUAAUACAUCAACACUGUUUGAAUGAUGUAGCAACAGCAGAGCAGGAUGUAACAAAGGUCUUGAAUUUCACAUAAAGAUAGUGAUAAGGUCAUAUUUGUUUGCAUUCAUUGUAGAUAUAAGUUUUAGUUUUUUUUUUUCUUUGCACUACUCAGAAUAAACUAAGUAUCUGUUGAUCCCUCAUGCAGGGUCUUGGUACAGAUGACAGAGCCCUGAUCCGCAUCAUGGUAUCUCGUAGCGAGAAAGAUCUUUUCAACAUUCGUAAAGAGUUCAAGGAAACUCAUGAUGCAUCCCUUCAUGAAUUCAUCCAGGUAGAAACUAUGCUUGUAAGUCGCAGUCCUCGUCCACUAACACACUGUUUGGGUUGCUGUGUCCUUGUCUAAUCUGUGUGUCUCUAUGGAGCUUUUUUUGUCUCAUGUUGUUUGUCCGUUUCUGCGUGUUGCACAUCCUUCUUUUGCUGCUGCUGCACUGGGGGGUGGUGGUGGUGGUGAGGGGGGGUGUAUAGCUUCCUGUGGUGGACUACAGGUUUGUGGCUUUAGCACAGCUGUUUAGGAAUUUCCCUCACAUGCUUAACUUCCUCUCUGUAUCUGCUGUGUGCUGUGACAAGAAGUGCUAAAGAGCUGUUCUAUAAUCACUUACAGAUGAAAUCACCGUGACACCAAUACAAACAAGCUCAUAAGCUGGCCUGGAUUGGCUUUGCAAUCACUUCUGCCAUGUUAUGUAACAGCUAGGAUUGCUAUAUGUUGUGCAUCCUGAGGUUUAAUUGUUAAGUUGUAUUUUUCUGUAAAGCAAGUGUUUAUAUUUCAAUCGUUUUUAGUAGCAAAAUGCAAAUAUUCAGAAUAAAGCUGAUCUUUAAGACAAAACUGGUGCAGUAAAAAGAUCAUUCAGAUGAACAAUUAAAUAUUUUUAGAGGUAAGGUGGUUUCCUUUUUGCCAAGAAGAUAGGGAUGAGGGAAUGCAUAAAUUUAGCAGUUUACUCAUCAGUAACUCAUAGCCACUAGCUCUGGCCCAGAAUAUGACACAAAUAAAUAUAGUUGAGCAAUCAGUCAGCAAUGACAGUAAAAUGAGAAUAGUUUAAAUCUGCUCGUCCAGCUAAGCACAAAAAACUAGUAAGUGUGAGCCUCAAAAUGAGGAACUGCUCCUUUAAAAGACAGUAUCACAAAGGACUGUGCUGCUGAUGAUACAGAUGGAAAUCACUAUUUAUCAGUGUCAGCUGAUAAAGCUACACUGAAGGGUAAUUCCACUUUUAACUCUUCAUAGAUUUAAGUUGUUCAAAUCUUGACUUUCAUCCAUUCAAAGCAAAAAAAAAAAAAAUCAAGGUGUUGACCAACUUUUUAGUGUUUUUCUGAAAAGUAGUAAACCCUGCAGUCUUGAUUCACAUUUUGUGAUGAGCAACCAUUCAGCAAAUAAUAAAAACUGAAUUUCACACUAAUCUGUGCUCCUUCUUCUUCUUCUUCUUCUCUGUGUUUUAUGUUAUCACUCAGGGUGACACCUCAGGCGACUACCGUAAAACCCUGCUCAUACUCUGUGGAGGAGAAGACUAAACUUUCUCACGUCUCUGCAGCUGUUUGCAGACUUCAGCUGAAAAACCCUGAGACGUGCCUGAUCGCAGAAUUGAACCGCGGUGGUUAACAUCAGUAUCUAAUGUCAGUGUCCUUUAACUGCUGCCACUUCUCAGCCAAACUAUGUGACCUUUGACCACCUAACCCUACCUUACCUAGUUAUCUGCUUUUAUGUUUGAUCAUCCUGCAUGUCAGGAUGAUUUUUCUUUUUUUUUACAGAUUGAAAUAUGUAACAACAAACAUGUUCACAUUAGUGUGGAAAGGUGCUUCACGUGUACUGCAUACUGUAAAAUAAGCAACUCAGCUAGUGCCUUCAGAUUUCAGGCCGUCCAUUGAUAACUGUGAUUUUAAGGUGUCAGAUACUGUCUACCUGAAUAAAAUGAUUAAAAACACAAACUUCCUG